AUGCGUACGCAAGUGGCGUGCUCUUUGUACGGCCGUACUUGUCGGGCUAUCUCAUCUUGUUUAUCCCAGGACGCUGAAGGCCUUGAAAGACAAGCCGUGCGCCAGUCGGAAUUUAGAGGGGUUCAUUGGCGCAGCUCUGCCAGAAAAUGGGUCGCUUCAAUUACAGACCCCGCUUCGAGUGUCAAGCGGCACUUGGGAGUAUUCGAUGAUGAGCGAGUUGCUGCAGAAGUCUAUGACGCAGCUGCUGUCGUGCUGCGCGGUCUGGGUUCACACGUCAACUUUCCACAUCAGAUGCCAACGAGGCAAGACCUUGAAGAGGCCAAGAUGCGACUUUCUCCCAAGUUGCGGACGUCAGUUUACAGAGGGGUGUGCCGGCACCAUGGGAGAUGGCUUGCGCAAAUAUACACAAGUUCAGGCCGGUGCUAUCUGGGCAGGUUCGAGGAGGAAGCUCAAGCGGCACGUAUUGUUGAUCAAGCCCUCCGCAGGAGUGCCAUCCCUAGGUACCGUAAGCUGGCAAAUCUGAAUUUCUUGCAGCCGUCCGACUUUUUCUCGGAAGAUUCAUGGCAAGAUGAGCCAGCUCCUGAAGGGAAGACGUCACGUUUCCUUGGAGUGUACUAUGAUCGCAGGUCGGCAAAGUAUCGUGCGAAGUGUUGCCGCAAACAUCUUGGCCUCUUUCAGUCGGAGCGUGAGGCUGCUAGAGCAUUCGAUGCUGCGUCUGCUGCAAUUGGAGGUCCAACGAAUUUCGCACCAUGUGCUGCAGCUGCAGAAGCUUUGGCGUCAUCGGUCGCUGAAGGAGGACGGGUUCAUCGCCAGCCACCACUGCCACCACAAGUGACUGCUGGCUACCAUCUGGACACCGAACGUUGGAGCUCUGCAGCCUCAUCGCCACCAAUGAUUGCAGAUCAUAGCUGCCGCCGGACCACAAGGUGGAAAGACAUCGAGUGCGAAUCUACAGACACGGAGCAACGAUACCCUUGUGCCGCCUAUCGUUUUUCCUCCGAUGAAGCCAUCCGCAUUGCAGCCUGGCCACUCUCUGCAGCAGCCCUCCCAACCUCCCUCACUGAACUUACGGCAGCUGACGUCCCCCGAUUCUUGGCGCAGGCUGAGGUGGGUGUUCACAAGGGGCCCGUGAAGACGCGUGGCACAAAGCGGCUGUCCGACCGGUUGGACGCCUGUCUUUCGGUUUUUGCCUCGCACGUUCAGGUCCAACACACAUGGCACCUUAAGACUUUUGAAGGCAACGAAGCGCAGGUACGGAUGGUGCUGGACGUCAUUCUGCAACACUUGUGCCGGAAGCACAGGUUGCGCCUUGCUUUGGAAGAACCUGUGCCGAAGUCUUCGCCUUUUGCUGGCAAGGCUGACUACAUUCUGCUGGAUGCUGGGCAGCCAGUGGCCAUUAUCGAGGCAAAGCGGAAUCUCGGCUCCGUUGAGCACCACGCGGAGACCAGGCUAUUUGGUGCAGCUAUGGCGCAAAGCUACGCGCUGUUGGCUGGCUUCCUGUCUGAGAAGCCGUCCGCCCAGUUGCUUGGCAUUGUGACCGACGCACGCGGGUGGCUGCUGAUGCGAGUGACGCCCGAGAAGCAGCCUGUGCUGCAACUGUGGCCGGAAGGGCAUGCGAUCCUGGAGCUGAACAGCCAAGUGGACUUGGCCCACUUGCUCCACUGCCUGGAGCACCUGCUCCUGAUGAGACGUCGGGCACCGUAUCCUGCGCGGCGUUCCACGUCGUGA